AUCACAACCUCGCCCCCUCACCCACGCAAGCUCGUUUACGUUCUCAGCCCAGGCCAAAGCUCAAAACCGCUAAGAAAGAAAGCCAAAACAUUCUCCUGGAAACAUGGUGACAAUGGAGAACGGUGCAUCCAAUGGCUCAGCGGCGCGCCUCCCACAUGUCGUGAUGCUGGCAACGCCGGGUAUGGGCCACCUCAUCCCGCUUGCCGAGCUAGCGAAGCGCCUAGCUGCCCGGCAUGGUGUUACGGCCACGCUCAUUGCCUUCGCCUCCACAGCAUCCGCAACGCAGCGCGCCUUCCUGGCCUCCCUCCCGCCAUCAAUCACCUCACUCCACCUCCCGCCCGUUGACCUCUCUGAUCUGCCGCACGGCACAGCCAUUGAGACGCUCAUGUCCGAGGAGUGUGCCCGCUCCAUCCCUGCCCUCACGCAGGUUCUCACCAAGCUGAAGGAGACUAACCGUCUCGUUGCCUUCAUCACCGACUUCUUCGGCAUGGACUCGUUCGAUGCCGCGUCCAAUGUUGGUGUUGAAAGGAGGUACCUGUUCAUCCCCACCAACCUCCACAUGCUGAUGCUAUUGCUUCACCUACCUGAGCUCGACCUUUCAAUCCCCGGCGAGUUCCGGGACCUUGCCGAGCCACUCCAGCUGCCAGGAUGCGUGCCAAUUCCUGGGAUGGACAUUCUGUCACCGCUGCAGGACAGGGCCAACCCAUGCUACCGGUGGAUGGUCCACCACGCUUCACGCACCAAGGAAGCUGAUGCCAUCCUUGUCAAUUCCUUCGAUGCCGUAGAGCCGGAGGCCGCCGCGGUGCUCCACCAACAGGAGCUUGGCCGCCCACCCGUGUACAAUAUCGGCCCGCUCAUACUAACCAGGAGCAAAUCCACCGGUGUUAUGAGCACGGCGCCUCCAGCCUCGUCGCGUGCGGAGUGUCUUGACUGGCUCGACCUACAGCCAGCCAGAUCGGUGACCUUUGUCUCCUUCGGCUCUGGUGGUGCGCUGCCUACUGAGCAGAUGCGAGAACUUGCGCUCGGGCUAGAGCUGAGUGGGCAGCGAUUCCUGUGGGUUGUGAGGAGCCCAAGUGAUGAGGGGACAGUGAGCGACAACUACUAUGAUGCCGAGAGCAAGAAGGACCCUAUUGUGUUCCUGCCGGAAGGGUUCAUUGAAAGGACCAGAGAUGUUGGCUUCCUGGUGUCCUCAUGGGCCCCACAGAUAGAUGUAUUGAGCCAUGAAGCCACAGGAGGUUUCCUAACACACUGUGGGUGGAACUCUACCUUAGAGAGCCUUAUCCAUGGAGUGCCGAUGGUGGCAUGGCCUCUAUACGCUGAGCAGCAUCAAAAUGCAGUGAUGCUAGAUGAGGGUAUAGGGGCCGUGAUACGGGUGCCUGAACCAAAGGGGAAGGAUAUGAUCGCUCGGGUAGUGAAGGAGCUUAUGGUAGGGGAAGGGAAGGGUGCAGCAGUGCGAACCACGGUAGCAAAGCUUCAGGAGAACGCAUUACAGGGCCUAACAGAGUGUGGUGCUGCCGCGACUGCAUUAGCCGAGCUGGUAGAGAAGUGGGAAGUUGGGGAGAACUAGUCCGUGCCCCUUCGAAUCAUUUGCUACUCUUUGCUAUGCAUAUCACUCUCGAACUUGAUUUUAAAUGACACAUGUCUCAUAUUGUAAUUUCUUAGAACUAUUCCAUUGCCACUGCUUUGCUUGUACUAAGGGAACAAUGUGCUUUCCUUCCCUUCACAUUUGUAAUUUAAGCUUUUGAAUAAAGGGAACAAUGUGGAUUGUAUACAA